GUCUACUACCGUUUCGCGCACAAGAGCCAAGUGCUUGAAAAGAUCGAGUUCUACGGGAAAGAGAUUGCCAUUGGCGACCUGAGGCACACGAUAGCGGAGAAGCAGAAGCUGCCGAAGGUGGAUGUGCAGAUUCUCAACGAAUCUACCGGGGAGGUGUACACUCGCGAUGGUCAUCUGCUGCGGCCCAAUGUGAUUGUCACGGUGCGCCGCACACCGAUCCAAACACAGAAGAAGCCGGCUGUCCUCAACUUAGAAGGAGCUGACAUACUCAGUCGUGUGAAGCGAGCGAAGAUUGCCCCGCAGCCAAAGCCGGAGCCAGUGCCAGAAGAGAAAGCUCCUUGCCCUCCGGAGUACUUGUGCUCCUUGUGCACGGGGCUCUUCGAGAACCCGAGCAUUGCGCCUUGCUGCGGUCGGUCUGCGUGCCUGCACUGCUUUGAGGCGCAGCCGACGAAGAUCUGCCCGCUUUGCAAUAGGCAAAGAGCGGAAGAUCAGAAGCCCCUGCCCAACCCACGGCUGGCGGACAUCAUCGCCUCCCUGAAUUUGGAUUUCUUCGAGCUUCCAGCCGUGACAGUGGCACGGCAAGCGGCAGCCGCCCGAGCUGCGGCGCAAGCGCCGGCCACCACAGCGCCGGCCACUACGGUGCCGCCGGCCCUGGCGCCGCCGGUGGAAACAGUCCCCACACCUGUGCCAGUGCAGGCCCCCGUCCGCACACCGCCUGCGGCACCUGCCAAUGUGAUGGUUACGCCGCCGAUGCUGUCGAAAGAGCAGUUUUACGCGUGGCAGCAGUCGCUGAUGAUGGCAAAAUCUGUAAAAGACCGGAAUAGGGACAGACGCCGAAGGCGCCGGCGGUCGCCUGGAAGCUCAGAGUGA